CUGAAAUGUGUCCGCGGUAGGAUUAAGGGCGGGGGCCAGGCCUGGGGGUCCAACCAGGACGGCGUGGUGAACAGCCAGCCAGGGGCUCGAGUGAUGGACGAACGCGAACAGAUGGCCAUCAGUGGAGGCUUCAUCCGCAGAGUAACGGAUGAUGCCCGGGAGAACGAGAUGGAUGAGAACCUGGAGCAGGUGGGCGGUAUCAUUGGCAACCUGCGUCACAUGGCGUUGGACAUGGGCCAGGAGAUCGACACCCAGAACCGCCAGAUUGACAGGAUCAUGGAGAAGGUGCCAGACGCUGCGGAUUCCAACAAGACCAGGAUCGACGAGGCCAACCAGCGUGCUACAAAGAUGCUGGGCAGUGGCUAA